AUGUCCACGUUCAAGCAGCUCGAUGCGCUCGUAGCGCUUAUCACGUCGAACGUCGAGACCGUGAAGAAGGAGUACGAGCGCGCUGGAGUCCCUGCUCCCGAUCUCGACGAUACCAAGCCUCAUCCCCUUGACGGCGUCGAGUCGUCGAUCGUCCUGAAGCAAGCGCAACAAGUUAUUGAAGGUGCCUGCGCUCAACUGUCCGUUCUGGUCAAUGCCCCACAACACACCAUGUGCAACCAUAUGGAGACCGCCUCCCUGAACGUCGUCAUUCAGGCGAAUGUCGUUGACCACCUCAAGGGUCACCCAGAAGGGCUUCACGUCAGCGAGCUCUCCAAGAAGACUGGUAUUGAACAGGGCAAGCUGGCCCGCGUACUACGACUUCUCGCCACGAGGCACUGCUUCCGCGAAGUUUCCGACAAUGUCUUUGCCAACAACAGGUUGAGCAUCGUCCUCGGCACCGACCACGGAAUGUACUACACCCUCGCUCACUGGAUCGACGAAGGCGCUAGUUUCUCGACAAAACUCGCCGAGGUGCUGAACGACCCGGAGUGGGGUCCAUCGUACGACUACAACAAGAGCUGCUUCAACCGAUACACCGGUUACGGCGAGCCGCUGUUCAUCUACUACGACGUGGUGAACAAGGAGCUCGGUGCUCGGUUCGGAAAGGCCAUGAUCGGCUACAACGCUGGCAUCGGCGCGGGUGCAUUGCUCACCGGAUUCCCAUGGAAAGAGCUUCCGGCAGGAACCACCCUCUGCGACGUCGGAGGUGGCGUUGGCAACGUGUCGAUGCGUCUCGCCAAGACCUUCCCUCAGCUCAGCAUCGUUCUGCAGGACCUCGGUGUUCAGAUCGACCAGGCGAAGGAGAUCUGGAGCAAGGAGGCGCCGGAGGUCGUCGAGCAGCAGCGGGUCUCCUUCGUUCCGUUCGACUUCUUCAAGGAGUCCCCCGCAAGCGACUGCGAUAUCUACUACUUGAAGAACAUCAUUCACGACUGGCCUGACGCACAGGCGAAGCAGAUCCUCGAGAACGUGAAGAAGGUCAUGAAGCCUGGUUCUCGCCUCCUCAUUCAGGAAUACGUUCUGCAACACCUCAACCGCUCUGCCGACUCUCUCAUCCCCGUGGCGCCGGAGCCUCUGCUUCCCAACUACGGUCUCGGCCGAAUCCGGGAGUACUACCAGGAUCUCAACAUGAUGGUCUGCCUGAACGCGAAGGAGCGCACCUUGGACGACUUCACCAGCCUUGCCAACGACACCGGCUUCAAGUUCGUCAAGCUCUGGGACUUCGGCGAAACGGCAGCCAUCGAGUUCAAGAAGGCGGAGUAA